CCCAUCAUUGGUGUGAGUGGGAGGAAUAGUGCCCCAUCAUUGGUGUCAGUGGGAGGAGUAGUGCCCCAUCAUUGUGUCAGUGGGAGGAGUAGCCCCAUCAUUGGUGUCAGUGGGAGGAGUAGUGCCCCAUCAUUGGUGUCAGUGGGAGGAGUAGUGCCCCCCAUCAUUGGUGUCAGUGGGAGGAGUAGUGCCCCAUCAUUGGUGUCAGUGGGAGGAGUAGCGCCCCAUCAUUGGUGUCAGUGGGAGGAGUAGCGCCCCAUCAUUGGUGUCAGUGGGAGGAAGUAGCGCCCCAUCAUUGGUGUCAGUGGGAGGAGUAGCGCCCCAUCAUUGGUGUCAGUGGGAGGAAUAGCGCCCCAUCAUUGGUGUCAGUGGGAGGAAUAGCGCCCCAUCAUUGGUGUCAGUGGGAGGAAUAGCCCCCAUCAUUGGUGUCAGUGGGAGGAGUAGGCCCCAUCAUUGGUGUCAGUGGGAGGAAUAGCGCCCCAUCAUUGGUGUCAGUGGGAGGAAUAGCGCCCCAUCAUUGGUGUCAGUGGGAGAAAUAGCGCCCCAUCAUUGGUGUCAGUGGGAGGAAUAG